AUGUCUGCUUUAAAUGGAAAUAAUAAUUAGCCUCAUGACAAUGAGCGUUACAAGCAGAUAAAACUGCUUGGAGAGGGUUCUUUUGGAAAAGCAUAUUUAGUAGAGUGUCAAAGCGAUGGAAGCCUCUGUGUUAUCAAAAAAAUGGACACAAAAAGCAUGACAGAGGCUGAGAAGUAAGAGACGGUUCGUGAAGCUCAUAUUUUAGAAGCUUUGAACCAUCCUUGCAUUGUAAAGUUUAGAGAAGUAUAUAAAACUAAGAAGGCUCUUUGCAUUGUGAUGGAUUUUUGCGAUGGUGGAGAUUUAGCUAAAAAAAUUUAAGAUUAUAAAGGGAAGUUCAUACCAGAAAAUUAAAUAUUAGAUUGGUUUACAUAAAUAUGUUUGGCGUUAAAGCACAUCCACGAUAGAAAAAUUGUGCAUAGAGACUUAAAAACAUAAAAUAUUUUCUUAAUGAAAGAUAAUGCCUUGAAAGUUGGUGAUUUUGGUAUUGCUAAAGUUUUAAGACACACUAGAGAAAACUGCAAAACUAUGGUGGGAACACCAUAUUAUAUAUCUCCUGAAAUAUUGGAAGCAAAACCAUAUUCUUUUCGCUCAGAUAUAUGGUCACUUGGUGUUAUACUUUACGAAAUGUGUGCUUAGAAGCCACCUUUUGAUGGUAUUGGUUUAUCUAACCUUGCCUUAAAAAUUGUGAAAGGAGUGUAUGCUCCAAUUUCUUCUUAUUACUCAAAAGAUAUGACCCAGCUUAUUUCUCUUUUGUUGAAUGUUGAUCCUUCUAAAAGACCUCAAGUUAAUCAAAUUCUAAAGCUACCCAUUAUUUAGCACAGAAUCAAAAAAUUUUUAAGUGAAACUAUACGCUAAAAUGAAUUUUCUCAUACUAUUUUGCACAAUCGUAACUUCGUAAGCAACAACUUGAAUUUAGAUAAUAUUCCCUCUCCUAUGCCUUUUCAGUAGCAAGUAAGACCAUCAAUUCAGCAAAAUCAAUAAGGUUUGUAAUAGCAAUAGUAAUAAUAACAAUAAUAAAUUUCAUAAAUUCCUAUGUAAUAACCUGUGGUUAGAUAAAAUAUGCAGCCUUUAAAUAAUAUGAAUAACAACAAUAAUAAUGGAUUAGGUGCUUUUCUUUCUCCUCAAAAUAGAAAUCCAUAAAUACCUCCUUAAAAGCCAUCUCAGUAAAUUUUAUAACAGCAGUAACCAUAAAAUAUACUUGGUUACUUACCUUAAAAUUAGCAAUAAAUUUAAUAGCAAAAUAACUAUUAAUUGUUCUAAAAUCAAAAGCAGUAGCAACCAUAAAUAUUACAGAAUGGAAAUAAUUUAAUGAAAAACAAUAACAACAUAAAUAAUAAUAUUAAAAAUGAAGUUCCUCUUGCUGCUGUACCAGGUGCAUAAAAUGGAAAUAUAGUUGGAUAUAAAAUAAACAAUAACAACUAUAUAUAAAAUAACAUUAACCAGGCUCCAACUCCUGCUUUAUAUAUGAAAAUCUAAACAGAAUAGCCUCCCCAAUCUGUUUAGUAGCAGUAAAUGCCAUAAUAGUAAUAAUAGUAGAAACCAGUUCCAAAUUAGGUCAAUAACAAUCAGAAUGGAUAAAACCCAAAUCAAAGAGGACCAUAGCAACUUUUAAAUUAAUAGAAAAUUCAAUUUUUUGAAAACAACAAUGAUAUUAAGAGAUAAAAUAACGUAAAUGCUCAAGAUUUUAUGCCUAAUCCUAUGGAUAAACUUAGAAGAGAAGUAUCAGAACCAACUUUUGUUGGAAAAUCAAAGCCUCUUUUUGAUAAUCUUGAGUAAAAAAAGUAGUAAAUGAUACAAAGAGAAAAAGCUCUAGAAAAGAAAAUUGAAGAAAUAAAGGAAAACAAAAAAGAGUAACAGUAUAAGAAGAUAUACGAAAAUAUAAAAAAUGAUGAUUUAUCACCAAAUUUAAAUAAUUACAAUCCUAAUAAUUAUAAAUAGAAUAAUGUAAAUAAUAUUGCUCCUCAAUCUAAACGUGACUCUUAGAGCACGCCUUCGAAUAACUUAGGUAACAGCAAAAAAAAUUUAAAGAACCAAUUAGCAUAGCCUUCAGAAGAUAAAGAAAAAAGAAAGCAAAAGUAUGAAGAGGAAAGAAAAAAAAUGUUUGAAGAUAUCAAGUAGAUAAGACAAAAAAAAUUAAUGGAAUCUCAAUCAGAGUAAAAAUUAGAGUUUUUCAUGAAUUUAAAACCUCCAAAAGACGAUGUUGCAAACAACAACGAAAACCUUCUAAAAGGGUAACCAGAAAAUGAAAUUAAAAAAUCAAGUAAAAAAUUCAGCUCAAGAGAUAUUCCUGUAGAGAUUUAUGAGUCUAAGAAGUCACCAAAUGUAAUUCAAUAGCAGUAAUUAUAAUAAUAAUAGCAAUAGCAGUAACAAUAAUAAAAUUAGUAGCUAAAUUUCUUCUAAAAUAAUCCUCAAUAGUAAAAUAAUAAUGCUAAGUAGAGAUAUAAUUAAUAAGAUUACAAUUCUUCACCUACUAAGUAGCAAAAUCAAUAACAAAAAAACUAGAAUCAAAAAGAUUAAUAGCAGUAGAAUCUUUCUGGGGAACGCCAAAAUUCUUAAGGGAGUAAAGAUUUAAGUGACGACAUUUCCUAUAUUCCACAUACAAAUUAAGAUAUACUUCAAAAACUUUUAGAGUGUGUAGGAGAUGGAGAAGAAGUUAAUGAUUUUGAUUUCAAUAGCUCAAAUAGCGACAAUUCUGAUUUAAGAGAAAAAUAAAAUAAAUUAUAAGAAGAGUUAAAUAAGUCAGUUAAUGAAAUUGAGAAAAAAUAUGUAAAUAAUUUAGAAAGAGAUGAUGAUGAAGAAGAAAUAGAAUCAGAUGAAAGUUCUAAGAACUUAAUGCUAAAGUUAAAAGGUAUUAGAGAGACAAAUGAUAAUGAGUUUGAUGAUAUUAAAUCUUCUAGCGAUGAAGAUGAGAGAGACUAUGUAGAUAAAGAGUGGGAAGAGUGCACAAGCAGAGAAGACAGUGAUUAUGAUGAAGAAUACUUGAAAUCAGAAAAAGAUUACAAUAAAAUUAAAAAUAAAGUUCAAUUAGAGAAAAAUUAAGAGGAGAAGAACUAUUCCUAAAAGCAAAAGUAAGCAGAAAAUAAGUAAGAUAUUUAAAAAUAAAACGAAGUUACUGAAUAUGAUACUAAUAGUGGAUAAAAAGAAAAUAUUUCAGGCUGUAUCAACAGUGCUGCACCUUCAACAUAAGCAUCAUCAAAUAGAUCAGAGACUCAAACUGAAUCUUAGUUAGAUUCAUUAAAGUUUAUUAUUGAAGAGAAGGUAGGGAGAUUAUCUUUCUAAUAAUGCAUAAAGUAAUUAAAAACCUAUCUUAGCGACCAGAGCAAUAGAGGCAGUUAAAAAAGUGAGGAGGAUGAUUUGGAUUACUUUUUAUUUAACGACUUGAGUAAACUCUUUGUGACAAUACCUUAACAAACAGCAAAUGAAUUUGGCCCUCUUAUAAUUAUGUACUAUAAUAUGUCUUAAGACUAAUUUGCAUGA